GCUCCCGCCUCAGUGGCAGUCCGCUCUCACGUGCUCUCUCUCUCGGUAUAAAAGGCUCUCAUCAUGUCCACCGUGUCACCGGACAAACGGAGGAAAAUGGAGUCAGCGCUGAACCAGCUGAAGAAACACACCGUGGUGGUGGCAGACACGGGGGAUUUUAACGCCAUUGACGAGUACAAGCCUCAAGAUGCCACCACUAACCCGUCUCUUAUCCUGGCUGCUGCUAAGAUGCCAGCCUACCAGCCCCUGUUGGAUCAGGCCAUUAAAUAUGGCAUCGCCAAAGGCGGAACUGAAGAGGAGCAGGUCGCAAACACCAUGGACAAGCUGUUUGUGAGUUUCGGGCUAGAGAUCCUCAAGAAGGUCCCAGGCAGAGUCUCUACUGAGGUGGAUGCAAGACUAUCUUUUGAUAAAGAUGAGAUGCUUGCCAAGGCUCUCAGGCUCAUCGCGCUCUACGAAGAGGCAGGCAUCAGCAAGGAGCGUGUGCUCAUCAAGCUGUCAUCAACAUGGGAGGGAAUCCAGGCUGGCAAGGAGCUCGAGGAGAAGCACGGUAUUCACUGCAACAUGACCCUGUUGUUCUCCUUUGCUCAGGCUGUUGCCUGUGCAGAAGCAAAGGUAACCCUCAUAUCACCCUUUGUUGGACGCAUCUUCGACUGGUACAAGGAGAAUACAGACCGCAAAAGCUACGAGCCCCACGAAGACCCAGGUGUGCUGAGUGUGACCAAGAUUUACAACUACUACAAGAAGUUUGGCUACAGCACCGUGGUAAUGGGCGCUUCCUUCAGAAACACUGGUCAAGUGAAAGCCCUGGCUGGCUGUGAUCUGCUCACAAUCUCCCCUGGGCUGCUCGCAGAGCUCAGCCAGGACCACAGCACUGUCUCAGAGGUGCUCAAUGUGGAGAAAGCCAAGGUCUGUGAUCUGGAGAAAGUUCACAUGGAUGAGAAGGCUUUCCGCUGGGAGCACAACGAGGACCGCAUGGCUGUGGAGAAACUUUCUGACGGAAUCCGCAAGUUUGCUGCUGACGCCAUCAAGCUGGAGACUAUGAUCAAAGAGAAAAUGCUCAACGUGAAAAACGGCCAGUAAGGGACAGAUUUGGCAUCUCCGGCCACAUUGACAGGAAGUAUCAGAAGUUAGGAGGCUACUUUCUUCGUCCCCAACUCCCUGAAGGCCCAAACACCAGAUGGCCUUCCCUCUCCUCAUCUGACCAAACUCCAGGGACAUCCCUCCUGAAUGGACACUUUCCUCUCUUAGGCUGGGACUGACUGUUUUUUGACCAAAUGUAAAUGGUGAUUGAUGCUGAUGUGGAGUUGUUGUAUAUUAGCCUAAUAUUUACAAGGAAUUUGACCAGAAAGGGGAAAAACUUGAAGAAAAAAAUGUCUUAAUGAGACAUGAUCUCAUUAAUUGAAAAAUCAUGUGACUACUAGAAAGGACCAUGAGCACUUUUUGGCCGUAAAGGACCACAAUUUUGCUAUUGACACCAUUUGAACAUGAUUGAGGGCACAACUUGAUAAAGACCAUUCAACCAUCAUUCCUUAUAAUGUACCAUUUUGCUCUUUCAAUAAAUGAAAAUAUCAGUCAUUA